CAACACGGUCCAGUACGCAGCCCCGGGCCAUCAACACGAACCAAUAUCCUACGACGGCUCCAAGAACAACCCGCCAUCGGCGGUGCAGUCGCAGGCGAAUCUGAUCCUCGAUAGACCAGCAUAUCACCGCUCGAUAAAAUGGCGACCGGGCCUCAAGAGCGUUCCAUGGAUGGGCCUCCUUGCCCUGCUGCUGACACUGGGAUGCGGCGUGGGCAUCGUCGUCGUCCUGAUCUCGGCCAACGGCGUAGCAACAGACUCCUGGCCGUUCGAAGACCAGCCGAUCCAAGUGGCCGUGGUGCUCGCCGUGCUGAUCGCCGUGGGAAACGCCGGCCUUACAAUGGCGUACAGCGAAGGCGUGACGCUGACGUGGUGGGUGAAGAUGCUCAAGGGCGGAAACCUCAACGACAGCCACCGCUACUGGGCGCAUGGGUCGAGCGCGUUCCAGUCCAUCUUGGGCAUUCACCAUCUCAGCAAGAUCACGUUUGUGUCCAUCCUGCUUCUGCUGCUGAUCGUCGACGGCCCGUUGCUGCAGCGAGCAUCCGGCUUCGUCAGCGUGACCGAGACAGAGUCGAAAACGUUCACGGUACCUCUCUCCCAGGACCAGCUCAGCCAGCCGACGGCCUACUACAUGACAAGAAGCCACUCGGUCAACGCAUUGACGUCCAACUUCUCGCGGGUUGUGCAGGACUUCACGAGUCGCGCCGACAUCAAGCUCGACCUGGCGGGUUGCGAAGGAACUUGCUCCGGCACCGUCAUCGCGGCCGGCUUCGACGUUGGCUGUACCAGGGGCAGCACAGACUACAGCCUCAAAUUGGAUGCUGGAGAGACAGCUAGCAUUGGAUCCAUUACUGUGUCAGCAAACGGCGCCUCAGAUGCGGGAGUGCUCUAUGUCAAGACCAUGUAUAAGGCGCAGCAGGCCCUGAACGGAAGUCUCAUCAACACCAACUGCAUCCUGCAUAGCGCCAAAAUAAAGUAUCCCGUCACCGUCACCAACGGUACCUUGACGUUAGGAGGUUCGACAUCUUCCGUCGACUUCAUGGUCAACCGUACCGUUGAGUUACUAUACCCGUAUAGGGAGACUUCCGGACUAGGCAAGUUCUCAUCUCUCCUUGGCGGAAUUGCCUACGCGGCCGGUAGUAUCUACGAUAGCGACAUUAAUCUAUACAACUCGGGAACUUUGGCCCUUCAAGGCGACGGGCCUAUGAUGUACACGUAUAUGAACUCGACCGACGACGCGCUGGGCACGAGCAAUAUGACCUGGGCCGACCCAACGCCUUUUGUCCUCGACGCAAUCCGCGAGAUGACGUUCCGCGCCGCCAUCGCCUUCUCAGAUCCCUCCUCUGAACAGAGCAUCAAAGGAACCCAGCUGCGCACCACCACGAAAUACACCCUCCACUCGCAGUUCCUUGCGGGCACGCUGGCCAUUCUCGUCGCCGGCGUCCUCGCCGUCAUGUGGCUGUUCUACGGUUUCUGGCUGCUGGGCCGCCGCGUGUCUAUGAGCCCGCUGGAGAUCGCCGCAGCCUUCCAGGCCCCCAUUACUGCCGGCGCGGAUUCCAAUGCCGACGCGGCCCAGCUUGCGACCCAGGUUGGCAAGCGUCCGGCCAAAUACGGCGCCAUUCAUUCGCACGACGGGACUCAGACGCUGGCUAUUGCACAGCCUGAUGUUGUAUCAUGGCCGACUAAAAGUCGUGACAGGGACCCUUGAUUGGUCGUCGCAGCCGUUGCUGGCCAUAAAUGAGGGACACGAGGCUUAGUCUAAACAGAGUAGCUUUGACAGUGACGCCUUCCAAU